ACUGGAAAAUUUUCAUCAUUUCUUAUCAGUGUUUCGGCGAUAAAGAUCAAAGAAAGCUGAAAGCUUGGAGCUUUUUGAUGAACUUCGCAAGAAUUUUUAAAGUUUGAUGAUUAAAAUUAUAAUUAAAAGAAAAGAGCUCUUAUACUCACAAAUUUCUCAUUUGCCGAUAAAAAAUCCAUCAUGUCUGUGAAGAAGAUAUUCGAAAGGCUACCUACGAUUGUCAAACCAACGGUGUACGAUUUAUUUUUCAAACCGGACUUGAAUACAUUCAAAUUUGAUGGCAAAAGUACCGUUUCUUUGCAAAUUCUGCAACCAACCAGUAAAAUAAUCCUCAACUGUGUUCAUAUAAACAUAAGCCAGGCGCAAUUGAAAUUAGCAUCAAGUGGCGAAAUUCUUCCUGCGGAAUGUUCUCUAAACGCCGAAGAAGAAACGUUAGAAUUGAAUUUCUCUACAACUUUACCUGCAGGCGAUGCUCAACUUUCAAUGGAUUUUGUAGGGGAACUGAACAAUCAAAUGAAAGGAUUCUAUCGCUGCAAAUAUACAGCAGUUGCUGGUAAAGAAGACAAAUACUGCGCUGUAACACAAUUCGAAGCAACCGGUGCGCGAUGGUGUUUUCCAUGCUGGGACGAACCAUCAUUCAAAGCUCGUUUUGACAUCACCUUAGCUGUGGAUCCGGAUAAAGUAGCUUUAUCUGUCAUGCCUGUAGAAAGUGAGAAAAUUACUGCCGAUGGAAUCAAGAUUGUGAAAUUUCAAAGAACACCUAUCAUGUCGACGUAUAUUGUUGCGAUGGUAGUUGGUGAUUUUGAUUACGUUGAAGAUAAAACUAGUGAUGGAAUUUUGAUUCGAGUUUACACUCCACCUGGUAAAAAAGAACAGGGUCGAUUUGCUUUACAUUGUGCCACCAAAGUAUUGCCAUUCUACAAGGACUACUUCAAUAUCGCUUAUCCUCUUCCGAAAAUGGAUUUGAUCGCUGUGGCAGAACUUUCCUUCGGUGCUAUGGAAAAUUGGGGUUUAAUCACGUACAGAGAAAAUUAUUUAUUGGUUGACGAAUCUAACACAUCAGCGUCAACAAAACAAAACGUUGCUCUCAUAAUUGGACACGAAUUAGCUCAUAUGUGGUUUGGAAAUUUAGUCACAAUGGAAUGGUGGACUGAUCUGUGGCUCAACGAAGGAUAUGCGUCAUUCGACGAGUACCUUUGCUUAGCGUAUUUAUUCCCCGAGUACGAUGCCUGGACUCAAUUCGUUACCGAUAGUUAUAAUACAGCUAUGGAAUUGGAUUCUUUGAAAACUAGCCAUGCAAUUGAAAUACCAAUCGGCCAUCCGUCCGAAAUUGAAGAAAUUUUUGACGACAUUUCGUACAACAAAGGUGCCUCUGUGAUUAGAAUGCUGCAUGGAUUCAUCGGAGAUGAUCAUUUUCGCAAAGGGAUGAAUUUAUAUCUAACCAGGCAUCAGUUCGCUAAUUCACAGACCGAAGAUUUGUGGGCUGCUUUAGAAGAGACUAGCUCCAAGCCUAUCAAGAGAAUAAUGCCUACUUGGACUGAACAAAAAGGCUAUCCUGUGAUUACCAUAGAAAGUAGCGUGCAGGAAGCGGACAAUACUCGUACUUUGGUUGUUCGUCAAUCGAAAUUUACUCUCGAUGUUGAUGACCAAGAUAAUGAAGCAUUAUGGCUGGUUCCGAUAUCAUUUAGCAAACGAUCAAAUCCGACAGAAGCGUGUUUCAGUACCAUCCUGGAAGAUCGUCAAUGUAAAAUAUCUAUCCCUAAUGUGUCUCCUAGUGAAUGGAUUAAAGUGAAUCCUGGCACAGUAGGGUUUUACAGAACUAAUUAUACAGCAGAUAUGUUGAAAUUGCUAAUUCCUUCGAUUGCUGAUAAAACCCUGCCUCCUGUCGAUAGGCUUGGUAUUCUGGAUGAUUUGUUUGCUUUGGCGCUAGCUGGUCAAUGCGACGCUGUUCAAGUACUAGAUUUAAUGUUGGCGAUGGUCGAAGAAGAUAAUUAUUCUGUUUGGUCCAGUAUUACUGUGUGUCUUCAGAAGUUUGAUAAUUUAUUGAGCAACACGAAAUUUGGCGAUUUAUUCGACGAGUAUUGUCUGAAGUUGAUUAAACCUAUUUCUGAAAAACUGGGCGUUAAUUCAAAGCCAGGAGAAGCUCACCUGGAGAAGUUGCUGAGGAGUUCGAUACUUAAUAGUCUGGUUAAAUUCGGCGACCAAAAAUUUCUAGACUAUGCCUCAAGAAGAUUCGAGGAAUAUUACUCUUCGCAAAAAGAAAUAUCAGCUGAUUUACGUGCAGUUAUAUACAAAGGUGUUAUCGCUGCUUCAGGCAAACCAGAAUACGACUCCCUAAUCCAAAUAUACAAAAAUUCCGAUUCGCAAGAGGAAAAGUUACGUAUCUUGAGUUCAUUUUCGUCCAUCAAGGAUGCAGAUUUGAUUGACGAAGCUUUGAAAUUUACUCUAUCGGACGACGUCAACGAUGCUAUUGCCACAAGAGGUUUUAUUUCGAUAUCAUCAUCAAAAGUAGGUCGUGAUAAAUCGUGGCAGUUUCUUAAAGAAAACUGGUCAAAUAUUUACUCCAAAUAUAAGGGUGGAUUCCAGCUAACUGGUCUCAUCAAGUGUAUGACUGAAAAUUUCGCCAGCGAUGAGAUGGCUAAAGAAAUCGAUGAGUUUUUCGCUACGAAGGAUAAAAGUGGGAUUGAAAAGACGAUUGAUCAAGUCUUGGAAACGAUUCGGAAUAACGCGAGGUGGUUGAAAAAAGACCAAGAAUUGGUUAAAGCUUACCUCGAAAAAUUGAAUUUGUAAUAUGCAUUUUUUUGUUUUUAUUUACCUACGCUCUAUUCUAUUACUUACUCUUGUGAUAUUUUCACUUCAUUUUUAUUACGAUGUGUUCUUUUCAUUUUUAUACAUUACAAUAUCAUAAUUCUUAAAUAACACAA